AUGACGCGUCUCUACUGCAAGGGCAGGAUUAUGAGCCACAGGCGCGGUAAGCGCACCAUGCACCCCAAUGUGACGCUGCUCAAGAUUGAGGGUGUUGAGACCACGAAGGACGCCCAGUUCUAUCUCGGCAAGCGUGUUGCCUACAUUUACAAGCCGGCUACGCAGGUGCGUGGCUCCAAGUACCGUGUGAUCUGGGGCCGUGUGACGCGGACGCACGGCAACAGCGGUGUGGUGCGCUCCAAGUUCCGCAGCAACAUUCCCCCCGCCGCCUUUGGUGCCUCGGUCCGUGUGCUCCUCUACCCGAGCAACAUCUAA